UUGUUAUUAAUCGUUAUUACUUUUCUGCUCUCAUUCGCUCCAGUUUUGGCAGCGACAAAGAGACACUGCCCCGCCGCUAUAUCAAAGACUAAUCGGGAACUAAUCAGCAGUUUCAAGAAUUAAUCUUUUUGUUUCAGAUACUCUUGUUGUGGGAAGAUAUGGAUGUUGAUAUCGAUCAUUAUGAAGUUUUAGGGUUACCUUCUGGUGAAGAGGGGGCUAAGCUUACAGAAAAUGAAAUCUCGAAAGCCUACAAGAAAAAGGCGUUAGUAUUGCAUCCGGAUAAGAGGCCGGAUGACCCGAAUGCUCAUGAUAACUUUCAAAAGUUGAAGUCGUCAUAUGAGAUUCUAAAAGAUGAAAAAGCUCGAAAAUUAUUUGACGAUCUCCUCCGAGUUAAGCGCGAGCGGUAUGUUCGCUCCGCGCAGAGGGAUUCCAAACGACAAAAGAUGGUAUCCGAUCUUGAAGCAAGAGAGCGAGCGGCAUAUGCAUCUGACCCGGUUUUUAAGGCCCGUGAAGAGGAGGAAAUGGUAGCGAGGAAGCUUAAAGAAGAAAUUGAAAGAAUUCGUGCAAUGCGUGCAAAUAAAGGAGCCGCUACAGCGGCAACCUCAACAAGAGAGACAGUAGGAGUGGCAAAUGAGAGUGUGAAAACUGCUGAUAGGGAGAAGAUGCUUAAGGUCUCUUGGGAGAAGGUCGGGGAGGAUUACACAGCACAAAGGCUAAAAGAAUUGUUUUCAAAAUUUGGUGAGGUUGAAGAUGUUGUGAUUAGCAGUUCCAAGAAAAAGCGCUCUGCUAUUGUUCAAAUGGCGAAUAAAGAAGCAGCUGUAGCGGCUACGGGAAGUGUGUGUGGCAAUCUCUCCAAUCCUCUUCUAGUUUUACCUGUUAAACCAACUAUGCCAGCAGAUUAUCAAGGCGUCCGACAGUCUGCAGAGUCUACCCGCCUAAACAAUUUGGUUGGCACCGGCUAUAAGUCAUAUGAAGAUUCUAUCUUAGAGAAACUAAAAAAGGCUGCUGCAGCAAGAAACCAAAAUUGAGAUGCGGAUGCGUUUUAGACGACGUCGAGCAAUGUAAUCUCUCCUGGUUGAAAUGUAAAGGUAAUUAAAGAAGGAUGGACGUCAGUAUUGAUGACAAACUGUUUGGUUUUGCAUUUUUAAGUCUUUUGUUUCUGGGUACGCAGGACUGAAUAUGGUAAUUGUUCUUCCAGAAUAUGGUUUCCUGAAAUAACUCUUAUGAAGAUCAAAAUUUGCUGAAGUUCUGCAUGUUAUGGGUAUAAAUCUUUUAACUCACAUUAACUUCAGGGGAGCUUCUUAAUAUUGAUGGGAUAAAGCUUCUGUAACAUUAUCUCUUGCUAUUUUUCACAUUUCAAAAAUGUCAAUGUAUAAUUAUUGUUUCUAGUAUUUCUCAUGAAUACACAAAUAAUUGAAGGUUA